AUGUUUGCCCGUGCCGCUCGCUGUGGAUCUUCUCUUCUUCGGUCACCAACAGCCACUCUGUCUGCUACUACUCGGACCUCAUGGGUAUCCCGUACUCCUCAACUCGCCUUCCCAACCGUACAGAAACAACAACUGCGACAACUGUCCAUUCAUGAGCAUCUCUCCAUGGGUCUGUUGAACCAAUACGGUAUCAAGACUCCCCGUGGUUAUGUUGCAAAGACCUCUGCUGAGGCUGAGAAAUGUGCCAAAGACCUGGCCACCAACGAUCUGGUCAUCAAGGCCCAGGUGCUCGCUGGUGGUCGUGGCAAAGGCCAUUUUGAAUCAGGCCUUAAAGGCGGUGUCAAGGUUGUUUACUCUGCAACUGAUAUCAAGGGACUGGCAGAAAAAAUGCUUGGUAACAAGCUAAUCACCAAGCAAACUGGUGCAGGUGGUCGUAUUUGUAAUGCUGUCUACAUUGUUGAGCGUCUCUAUGUUCGUCGCGAAUUUUAUUUUGCUAUUGUCAUGGAUCGUGCUACUCAAGGCCCUGUUAUUAUUGCCUCAUCUCAAGGCGGCAUGGACAUUGAAACUGUUGCCGCUGAAACUCCCGAAGCCAUUGUCACCCAUCCUGUUGACAUUAACGUUGGACUCCAACUUGCUGAUGCCACCAGAAUAGCUAAACAGAUCGGCUUUGACGGUACUGGUGCUACAAAGGCUGCCGAGACAUUUAUGAACCUCUAUAAACUUUUUAUUGAAAAGGACUCUACCAUGAUUGAAAUCAAUCCCCUUGCCGAGAUCCAAAACGGAGAUGUCAUGUGUAUGGAUGCCAAAUUUGGUUUUGACGACAAUGCCGAUUUCCGACAAAAGGACAUUUUUGCGCUUCGCGAUACUACUCAAGAAGAUGCUCGUGAAGUUGCAGCUGCAAAGUGGAACCUCAACUACAUUGGUCUUGACGGAAACAUUGGCUGUCUUGUCAAUGGUGCUGGUCUUGCCAUGGCUACCAUGGAUAUUAUCAAACUUAAUGGCGGUGACCCUGCCAAUUUCCUUGAUGUUGGUGGUAGUGCUCGUGCUGACCAAGUCGCAGAAGCAUUUAAAAUCAUUAGUUCUGAUCCUCACGUAUCUGCCAUCCUUGUCAACAUCUUUGGAGGCAUUAUGCGCUGCGAUGUUAUUGCCGAGGGUAUCAUUGCUGCCGUCAAGCAACUUGGUCUCAAACUUCCCUUGAUUGUUCGUCUUCAAGGCACUCAGGUUGAUGCUGCAAAGAAACUGAUUGACGAAUCUGGUCUCCGUAUGUACUCCAUUGACGAUCUUGACGAGGCCGCUGUUCUUUCAGUGAAACUCAGUAAUAUUGUUACCAUGGCUAAACAAGCCGGUGUUUCUGUCAAGUUUGAUACUGUUUAA